UGGAAGGGACAACCGUGAAGUCAGCAUCGGUGCCGGUCGAGCGGGAUUUUCUCGCCGCCCGGACUCGAGGAACGUGAGUCCCUCGGGAGAUGGCGUACGCCGAUCGGUCUCCGGCGGACAAGGACAGGUUUAUUUGCAUUUAUCCUGCAUAUUUAAAUAACAAGAAGACCAUUGCUGAGGGAAGACGGAUCCCAAUAGACAAAGCUGUUGAGAAUCCUACAGCUACAGAGAUCCAAGAUGUAUGCCUGGCAGUUGGACUUAAUGUGCACAUUGAGAAAAAUAAAAUGUACUCCAGAGAGUGGAAUCGUGAUUUACAGUAUAGGGGCAGAGUACGGGUUCAGCUAAAACAGGAAGAUGGCAGCCUGUGCCUUGUACAGUUUCCAUCACGUAAAUCAGUAAUGUUGUAUGCAGCUGAAAUGAUACCCAAACUAAAAACAAGGACACAAAAAACAGGAGGUGGUGACCAAAGUCUUCAGCAAGGAGAGGGAGGUAAAAAAGGAAAAGGGAAGAAGAAGAAGUGAUCUGGUGAUACCUGAUUGCUGAAUAUAUGCCAGUCCUACAAGAGAUAAGAAUGAACAUUGAUGAUUUGCUCCAGAAGUGAAUGAUGAAAACGGAAACUGAAGAAGUUGUAUGAUUUGUUACCUUUACUUAACUGGAAUAUGUAUGUUUGUGCCUCUCAACUUCAGCAGAACAGUCAACCAACUUGAGUUCAUGAAAUAAAAAAUUGGCAUGGGAAAGUUGCAUCUAGCCUUUAUAUAGCACAAAGCCAGCAGAAGUCCUCUGCAGUCCAGCACUGAAUUGUUGGAGGAAUAUGUAUGUAUCUUUAUAAAAGUCAUUACUCAGUGGACUAUACAACUUUUAAGUCAUUUGCUCUCCUGUUUGUCACACUAUAAGUGUCUUAGAUUAGAAGACAAGUUACACAUUCUGAAUAUAUUCUGUUUGAAUUAAACAGAUUCAUCCAUCUUUAAUUUAUAGUCUGCUCAACUUUUGUUAAGUUCAUGAAAUAAAGGAUUUGAAAUGAUUUUUAAA